CGCCGUUGAAUACGAGAACACGAGCUGUUGCCUUCUCGACGACGAGUUCGAGAUAUUUUCUCAACAGUGAUUUUCUUUCUCUUUUCUUACUCUUUCUCUAUCACCCACCUUCACUUGAUCCAUCUUCCUCCCCUCUCUGUCCAAGAUGGGCUCCAGCAAACUGAGCCAGCCUCCGGCAGCUUAUCGAGAUGAUCCUGACUAUGCUGAGACAGCUUCAAUGAGCUCUGCAGUUCUUCUCGACGACGUUGAAUCCGCCUUUCCAGAGGAAGAACUACCAGCAUAUACCGAUGAACCAUCUGCCCCUCUCGUAGACCCCUCUUGCUCCUCAGAGUCCGCUGCCCCUCCUCCUGCUUCCGAACAAGCAAUUCUUCAUGGCUAUUACUGCCCACCUUGCGAACUUCCAUUCUCGACCCACGAUCUCAGCUACACCGAAUACCGAACCCGAUUCCCAAAUUACUCCACAGACAGCAAUCAACUCUACAAAAUGAUCCGUCACCAAGCUGCUCACUGUCCCUCCUACUUCGUCACAAUCUACGGCACACACACUGAGACUCGACGAAACGGAAACAAGGAAACAAAAGACAAGAUCACAGAUUUCCACCUCCGAAUCAACAUCUCCUACCUCCUCGGCCAAAUCGGCAGCGGGAAAAUGGAGCUCCUCGCAGACAACAAGCGUGGCUACCGCGGAACUCGUCUCGCAAGCCUAAAACCCUCCGUCUCUGCAGACGAAGAGAAUGCCCCAGAUGAACUUCGUCGCUGGUGCGAUCGAUACGUCGCCGAUCCCUCUGGCGUGAAAUCCUUCCUCCUCAAACGCAAAAUCCUAAACCACGAUACCAAGAAACUAGAACAGCUGAUCCGCUCCGCCAUCUCCGAGACGAAUUACCGCGGCCACGUCUCGAUCGACUUCCCCAUCCAGCACCAAAAAGUCCUCGUCUACUCCCCCGGCCGACUGAACGAAUGGCGCAUCACGGUCUGGAUCAGAUGGUUCUUCUACCUCACCUUUCUCUGGAUCUUCGCCUGGCCGGUCCUCUUCUUCAUGACGGCCCGGUACGAGGUCGUGAAGGUCAACUAUCUGUACGCGACUGAGGAGAGUGGACAUCCGGCGAGAACCUGCUCGGUGAUGUCCGAGGUGGAGUGGUAUUAUCGGUGGCAGAGCGCGAUUAAGAGAGCGGCGUUGGCGAGGAUGGUGUGUAAGGAUACGUGUCUGGAUGAGGAGUAUAGGGCUCAGACGCAGUUGGCGGAUGAGAGGGGUGAGAGGGUGGGCAGGGAACCGGAUAUUCCGAGGACGGGCAAUACGUGGGCGGAUGGGGCUUUGGGGUUGCUGGGGCAGGGGUUGAGGGUUGCGGAAAAUUAUAGUAAUGCGAGAGGGUGGGGUGCUGAUACUUGA